AGUUCCUACUUGUGUAGUUCUCGUGUCAGAAGUAGUAGUGCCAGUUCAAGUUUAAGUAUCAAAAUAACUACGCUUGCUUGCAUCGCGCCGUUUCAUUCGUACGCACCUAAUUUUUUCGACUCGUCGUGGCUACCUCUACCAGCACUUCUAUAAUUUGUCUUGCAUGAAGACCACGAACCCGGACGCCUCGUCCACGAUCGCUUCAAGAAGAUGUUGCCGGAAGACCUGAACCCGGGGAACCGUGACUACAAAACCGUGCCGCUUCUUUCCGCAGACGAGCAAAACCGGAAUCAAGAAAGGGAAGGCCACAACGACCUCUCUGGCGCAGCUUCUAGUAGUUCCAGACCUGCUAGAGGUAACGACACCUCCGACGUGGGUCCUUCAACAUCCGUCGCAAGCGCGGCCAACACCCUAUCCACAGAAAAAAACCCAUCCACAUCCAUUUUUUGCAUGACAAACACAUCCAUUUUAAGUUUAUAAACGAAUGGGACGCCCUGCCCUUAGCCUUCCAACAUGACAAACACAUGAUUUGAUACGUGUUCUGCAUGACAAAUUGGAUACGGAUGGGUUUUUUUCUGUGGAUACACCCACACUUCCGACGAUACCCGGCGGACGAAACAGAACAUAUCAAAUGUAAAAAUGUCUGGGUCUGGAAGAAUGCAACUUGUGAUGCUGCAUUUGGAUGUCUAAGAAAUUUGUGUUGCGUGAGCAGCAAAAGGAGUCUAAUUGUUGGUACGCGGAGAGGGCAUUUGUCAUGCGGAAUAGGCAUCAAGAAUCCCUGAAAAAGAUUGUGAUGCUAGGGCAGGCAUCACAGACAUCAUGGCUCAUGCAAACCGUUCAUGACAAGUCUCAGAAUCUUCCAGACCCAGACAUUUUUGCAUUUGAUAGAACACGAAUACCAGCAAGUCCGGUGGUAAUUUAUUCCCAGUCGGGGGCGGAUCUUCUGCCGCCGGAUCAUCUAGUAGCUCCUCGUCCUCUUCGAACAGUUCUUCCAGUAAUCGCGAACCCCCCUUGGACAUCCGGGACCCCUACUCGCUGCUGUUUUCCCAAACCGCCAGUACCAUGCCGUGGGUGUUUCAUCUGCAACAGCCGGUCGAGCAGGAUGCCGCUCUGGAGGAUUAUGUCCUGGAGGAAAUUGUGGAGGAAUAUCCAAAGGAAAAGAAUAGAUAAACCCAUGAUCCUCUCAGAAGUCUCAAUGCACGAUUUCAAUUUCUGCAUGACAAAAACAGGUUCUACUUCUGGUUUGGCAUCACAAAUUGACUGGAAAAGUGGGAGCUUCAUCUUGUUCUUUCUGAGGAUGCUAAAGAAUCGCUCGCGCACACCGACUCCGUUGCCGUCGUUCUGGAUGAACAGAAAACCAAUCUGCUGCGCGACAUCGACGGAGGCGAGUAUAGUGGCACAAGAACUGCAGGAGGGGCAGCUCCUGCAGGAGAUCAAGAGCCAAGUGCUCCUUCACUACAGUACGACCCCUUCACACUCCUGACGAACCAGCAAUCUUCGCUGCUAGUACCUGCGUCCUCCUUCCGCGCAGGACAAGAGCAAGCACAUGCCCCAGCGGGGAAGGGGAUCACGAACUAUUUCAGCCCGCCGUUUCAGCUGCUAGAGCGGCAAAUGCAGCCGUCAGAUUCUCAAAGAGAAACGAGUGAGGAAGACGUUGCACGCGGGGGAAAGCGACAGGCGCCGGGAACUACUGCUGCUGCUUUUGCUGGUGGCACUACAACCAGUAUAACAACUUCUACGCAGUACCACCUGCUUCUCGAGCCGCCGAAAGACUCAGUGCAAAGUACUACGCAGCAAACCACACCGAGUAAGCAGUACCGGACCGUGCAAAUGCAGCAUCUGGACGACAACACAUUGAGACUGUUGGAAACGCGAGCGCACGACGUUUUAGCAGAAAAACAUCCGGAAUUUGAAAUGGACAUCGAUUUUCGCAAUGACCAUAGGGAGGUGGACCUGCAGCUGCAAAUUGUUUCCGACGGGGGCGGAGAACAGGUGGACCACACUAGCCGGGGGUCCACGCCGCGAGGGGGCGCAGGCGGUGGUAAUAAAGCGUCUUUCGCUUAUUUCCCCCCUCCGUCAACUUCGUCGUCGAGAAAAUUUUUUGUCGCCGGAGCUCCUGCAGGGGAUAGCACCAGCAGUCGUGCAUUGUUGCCAGCCCCGACCUCGUCGGCGACUCCGCGCGGGACCAGCACGAGCUCCACUGCAAUGGCUGCUGGAGGUGUAUAUGGAAGCGUCAGGUUUGAAAUCGUCAAAGUUGAAACGGUUUGUCAUGCAUAAAUUGCAAGACAUGAAGCGCCUCUCUUGCAGGGAUGGCAAGUGAGGCAGAUCGUGAGCCUAUUUAGGGUUUGGCAUAGAGCUGCUAAAGGAGCAUGACAAAAGCAGUCUUCUGUGCCCAAACAGCAUGACAAAUUGGAUUCCGUUGCUCCGAGAAUUUGCCAUGCGCCGCUUGGAAAUUGGGCUUCCAACUGGUAUCCACUUUAUGCAUGACAAAUCAUUUCAACUCUGUCGAUUUCAAACCUGACGCUUCCAUAGUGUAGUUGACGACAGUAGUGCAGUUGUUGGACCCACCGCGGCCGCCCCGACUGGAGGUGCAACCACAACCGCGGCUUUCGUGCCGCAUGGGACAUCUUCGUCCUCCUCGACGCAUCAGCGACGGAGAACACGGUCAAAGGACGGUGCCGCGCUACACAUCGACACGUCUGCGAUAUCGUGUGGAAAAUCGAUGUUUGUAUGACGAGCGUCUAGAAGUGCAAACCUUAGUGUUCAAUUCUGCUUUUCCCUGCGACCUCCUGCUGCUUUCUUGAUGACCAGGUCGUGGACGAGUUUUGUAGUUGCUCGGCGUUUUUAAUAUAUAUGAUUUCGAACACGAUAUUCUAUGUUAACCACCAGUGCGGGCUCCCACGCAGGAGCGCCCGCUCGCGGUCGAGGAUCCUCCAGAGCGCACGGAAGCUCCUCGGUGACCAGGCAGCUCUCCUCCUCACCGCAUGGCGGGUCGGUGGUAUACGCGGAAAAGAAGACGAACUUUGUGGACUGGUACCACUGAUGAAGAAAGCUGCAAGAGUCGAUUUUUUUUUUAUGUUGUCCACAUAAUCGGUUUCGGUAAUCCAGUUCGAGUGCUGCAACGAACUAGUGAUUGAUGAAUGACGACGAACACCAAAAUCAAGAUCAACCCGAAUAAACAUGCGCUCUUUAUUACCACCUUAGCUUUCAUUUGCAUGUUGUAUUAGUUACACUUACACCAUGCUCAAAUACAGGGUUUACGCCGGAGUUCUGUCAUCCUGGAAAGCGGCAACGUCACUUUCGCGCGCAUCGUAUUGCAGGUGAAAUUUCAUCUCCCACAAGCAUCAAAAUCAACUUGAACUUUCAAAAUAGGUCGGAUAGUCCUUCACUUUUUGGUGUAGUUGAGUCCUGUAGGCCGGAUUCAUUGAUACAAUUAUACAACCUAUGUCCAAAAAAUUGGUUGAAGUUGAAAGAUAUUUUUUCCCCUGCAUACCCGCUCCCCUGCCCCCGCUGGAAGUCCACCAGAGUCGCAUACAGUCGUUUCCCCGCCUGGAGGACCGUUUGCCCAAAUAAAAUCCCCUGCGCAGCAGCAGCAAUUCGCACCUAGUGCGGCGGAUUUACAAGAACAGCAGUCUCAUCAUCAAGGCAGGAUAAUAACCACGCCAUCCGCCCCCAUGCCGGAUCAUAAACCUGCUGUUGGGCCAGGAGCGCCGCCCCUUUAUCUCGGCGACCCAUCUUCGACAGCAGGAGACCAAACGGUCACCAGCAAACCUGCCGCGCAGCAAAGCUUCGACAGCACCGCGGCUCCCGACCAUAUGCUCCCGCAGUAUCAAAUGUAAAAAUGUCUGGGUCUGGAAGAUUCUGAGAUUUGUCAUGCAUGUUUUGCAUGAUCCAGGAUGUCUGUAAUGCACGACCGCGCAUCACAGAUUUUGAGCUGGCUUCCUGAUGCCUACUCCGCAUGACAAACGCCCUCCCCGCGUAGCACAAACUAGACUCCUCUUGCUGGUCAUGCAAUACAGAUUUUUCUAGGGUCCAAAGUUAGCAUCACAAGUUCCAAUCUUCCAGACCCAGACAUUUUUACAUUUGAUACGCAACACCCCUCCGCGUUUCUCACCCGCGCCAACUCCUCGACGUCGCAGCAACUCGCCCAGCACCGGGAUUUUUCCCUUAUCAAAUGCAAAAAUGUCUGAGUCUGGAAACUUGUGAUGCUGGUAGCGUAUCAUGAGGAGGCCACAAGUGCUCGCUCAGCAUGACAAAUUUCUGAGCUUCUAGGUGUUGCCUAUUCUGCAUGACAGGCUGCGUUCCUGCAUGACAGAAAAAUGGCGCUCUUGGGUAACGUGCGUGACAGAUUUUAGAGUCAUGCCAGACAAGCAUGACAAACAUGCCAUCUUCCAGACCCAGAGAUUUUUACAUUUGAUAUCCCUGUUGAUGCAGCAAAACAAGCUGUCGAAAUUCGCGGUCAUGGCCAUCGUUUUUUUCAACGUUUCGGGCGGGCUAUGAACUGCAAAAGCAUCGUACUAGUAUAAAUCGCAUGACAAAUUUCCUCAGCAUGAGAAAUGAAAUUUGUAAUGCGGAUUCAACUUGACAGAAAAAUUUGUAUAUUCAUAAAUGCGAUUAGUAUGAGUGCGAUGCUUUUGCAGUGCAUACGGGCCCUGGGGCAGCGAGGAAAUUUUCAGCGACUACGGGCCUUUGGUAGGCAUCAUCGCCGUGCUAGUGGUUUCUGCCAUCUGGAGCUACCCGCAGAUCCUGAUCACGAGCGAACUCUCCUCCGCUUUUCCGGUGAAUGGGGGCUACAGUCUGUGGGUCACGGAAGCCUUUGGACCCUUUUGGGGGACGAUGGAAAGCUACUACAGCUGGGUAAUAUGACGCGCAAAAGUAUCGUAGCUAAGUACAGGAGGCUGCAUGAGAAAUUUUGCUCCGAAGAAGCAAAAGAGUGAAACUUCUUUAAUGCAGGGACGCAGGUAAAAUUAAAAAUUUUGUCAUGCAGGACUGCAUUAUUAUGACUAGGACUACGAUGCUUUUGCAUAGGAUUGACAAGCGGGGUCGUGGACAACGCAGUCUACCCGGUCUUGCUCUUCGACGGCGUGAAGCACUACUAUUCAGCACCAAAAACAACUUCUUCGCACGUUUCUUCAACAUCAUCUCCCGCCGCCGCGCCAGCAUCUACAACUUCAUCCCCGUCUACUACUUCGUUUUUCGGAACAACAGUAACGGACAUUCCCAACAUCAACGACUGGUCCGACGAAGCACAAUACGCGUGCAAACUCGCCUUAGUUCUGCUCCUCGCCGUCCCAAAUGUGAUCUCCACCACGGGUAUCCACAGUAAAUUUUCCGUACACGUACAAGUGCGGCUUCCGCAUGACAAACUUUUCCUUCAAACCUCUUCAGCAUGACACGUUGCUUCUUCUAACGUGGUGAAAUUUGUGAUGCAUUUUGUACAUGUGCGGGAAAUUUGUAUUGCAUAACGGGCACCGGUCAGUUUCUGCAGGUCCUCGGUGUUUUGCAGCUGUUGCCCUUUCUCGCGUUUCUCUUCAUUACCCUGGUGUUUCACUGGGGCGAACUGGACUUCUCAGUGUUGCUCGAGUACAGGAGUAAGGAGGCGGCUAGUAGUGCUUUGUCAGGAACUUCUUCUUCUGCUCUGGACAGCACGAUGUUGCAUCCGGCAAGCCUACUGACCACACCGGGUCACGCGGUCCAGCAGGUCGUGACGCAGCUGCAACAACAGGAGCAGCAAAGCCAGGGUAGCAGCAUGCUGUUCCCGCAGCAAAUGUCCUCAAGCGCCAGUCCAGCUGCAGUACUUCAGGUAGUGCAAGGAGUGACCGAACUCCAGUCAUCAGCAUUCCUGACUUCUGCAUCUGCGAGCCAGCUUCUAGGCGGGCAAGAAAAACGAGUACCAUUACAGAUACAAACCACAGAUCAACAACAUGACGCAUCUAGCUACACGUCCUUAUCCUUCCUCACCUCCCUUUUCCCGUCCGAUCUCGACAUUUCUAUCUUCAGCCCCGAGGACGGGCUUCAGCCCGCGAGAUUUACGGAUUUUCUGUGCGUCAUCUACUGGAAUUUGUCGGGGUGGGACUGCUAUCAACUGCAAAUCUAUCUGGGUCUGCGAGGAUGCAACUUGUCAUGCUAAGUUUGGACUCUACAUAAAACCUGUAUUGCACGAACAGCAAAAGAGAUCCAGUUUUUGCCACGCGAAGGGGGUAUUUCUCAUGCGGUAUGACCAUCAGAAAGCUCUCGCAGAAUGUGUGAUGCUCGGGCAUGCGUCACAGACUUCAUGGGUCAUGGAAAAUAUGCAUGACAAACUUGGUCCUUUUCCAGAUCCAGACGUAUUUGCAAUGCAUAACUGCGUCAGCACGAUCGCCGGGGAAAUGUACAAGCCGGAGAAGAACUUGAAGCCCGCGCUGUUGUACUCUCUCCUUCUAACGAUCCUGCAGUACCUGGUCAUUCUUUCCGUGGCCGCAAGCUGCAACAUCCUACCGUGGCAGGACUGGAAGGACGGUUCGUUGCCGGAAAUCGUCGAGGCGGCGUCGUCUUCCUUCGCAGCAGCGGAUAAUGAUAACCAGUCUUCGUCCCGGUUGUUUUCGUCCCGCGCCUCGUGGAUGGGUUUCUUCCUGCUUCUCGCUUCCUGCUUCGGCAAUGCUGGGAUGUUCACGGCCGAGUUGAUGGAAGAUAGCUACCAGCUGGAGGGUAUCAAACAAAAAAGUGCUAACCUUAACGGUUUUGGGGCAUUGUUAUGGCCAUGUCAACUAUCUCAACAAAAACGUUCUCAAGAAUUUUUGGAUAGCUACUUAAGAUGCCUAUUGAUGUAAUUACUUUUUAUGUGCUCCAGUAGCUAGCCUGAGCGCAUGCAUUAGAUAGAUCAGUGAAGUAGGUAGCUUCCUGGUCUCCCGAUCUGUUGCCUCCCGGACUCUUCGAAGGUUGGUUUGACCUCACAGAGGGUACCUCUGAGGGGUACCUCUGAGGGUACCUCCAGAGGGGUCUCGAAAUAGGUGUGAGAAAGUUUCCCUGAGCCCCCAGCACUUUUUUCGCCAUACCAUCGGGAAUUAACAACGUACUCAGACCAUAAAAAAAUGCUUCACUUCCCUUCUUCCUCAGCCCUCCCAGAGGGUGGCCCCAGAGGGUCGCGCAUGGGCUUCCGUGUUCAUUAGUUGUCGGAGAUCAAGUCCGGAAAGUAGCAGAGCGGCGGACCAGGAAGGUACCUACUUCACUGAUCUAUCUAAUGCAUGCGCUUCAAAUAGCUAGUUUAAUAGCUAAAAGCGCCUCUUUGUAAAUAGUUAACUCAUGCACCUAAUCAAAAAUUUUUGAGAAUCUUUUUGUUGAGAUAGUUGACAUCGCCAUAAUUGUAAUCACGCAUGACAAAUUUUCGCUAUCAUGCAUGCUAUCGAGUAGGCAAUACAAAUUUUGGACUCAUUUGUCGUGCAUUCCUGCAUGCCAAAUUUUGUUUAACGUUAACACUUUUUGGUGUGAUAGAGGGACUCACCGCUGCCGAUGUCAUUCCGAGGUGGAUAUGCACGGAAAAUCUGUCCAGUUUGCGGGAAAAUUGAAACUUGUAUUGCUUGUCUUGCAUUCCCGUAAAAUCCGUCUUGCAUCAUGACCGGCACAAGCGGAGGCUGAGGGGGCGCCUACUUUGUCAUGCAAUAACGCCGUUUGGUUUUCUUUUGUAACGCCGUUCCUAUCUUCCUAUGAGAAAAGGCUCUAAAAACAACUUGUGGCACUUGGCUGCACUUGAACAAAAUGCCUCACUCAUGAUCCACGACUCAGCAUUACAAGGCCGCUCCAGACCCCGAGACAUUUUCAUUGCAUCUCGGACUAAGAUGGACUACCGGCAUCCGAAAUUUGACACACCUGUCGUUGCGAUGAUCCCCUCCCUCGGGUUCUGCAUUAUCUGCAUCUUUUUCGACUUCCAAUCGAUACUAUGCAUUGCAAAAGUAUCGUACUCGUAUAUAUGCAUUAGCAUUACAAAUUCCCUCAGCAUGAAAAGUAAGAAUUUGUCAUGGGGAUUUCGAUUUACCUUAAGAAAGAAACUUGUAAUGCAUGACUGCAAUAAUUACAACUACGAAACGAAUACGGUACUUUUGCACAGGAUAGAUACUCGCGAUCGACAACUGCUUCGCUUCUCUCGCGGCGCUCCUGGAGAUCCUUGCGUUCUACUCCUUGCGAAAAAACUAUGGGAGUGUGAGGAUUGAUGAAAUCGACAAAGUUGAAAUAAUUUGUAAUGCAUAAAAUCGACAACAGUUGGAAGCCCAAUUUCUAGGUGGUGCAUGACAAAUUUCGGCACCGUCUAAAUCCUGUCUGUGAUGCUGUUUAGGGACAGAAGGCGUCUUUUGUCAUGCUGCUUUAGCAUCUCUGUCGCAGACCCCAAACAGGCUGACACGCGGCCUCACUUGCCAUCCCGGCAAGACAGGCACUUCAGGCCUUGCAUUUUAUGCAUGGCAACUUAUUUCAACUUUGACGAUUUCAAACCUGACGCUUCCAUAAAAACCGACCGGAGAUGGAACGGGGGGAAGCCAAGAUUGAAAGCCCGUUUGCGCUUAGGCAUUGCAAAAAUUUCUGGGUCUGGAAACUUGUAUAUGCAAAUCCGUGAACAAUAAGUGCUCUGUAAUGCGCCGCCAAGCAUGACAAUUUUUUUCGUGCUUCUGUGAUGCGUAUUUUGCAUGGGAAACUACACUUUUGCAUGACAGGCAAGAGGACCUCGUGGUGGCCACGCAAUACAGAGUACAGAGUCACGCCAGACUAGCAUGACAAAUCUCGGAAUCUUCCAGGCCCAGACACUUUUGCAUUUGAUAGCGUUGUUUGUGCUGAUUCCGAUCGCGUUUCUGUUCGGCUGUCUGGUGUUUGUGAAGUCACUGCUGAAGGGGGGAGGGACGUCUGUGGUCAAUCUGUUCUUGCUGGUAGCGGGUUUUCCGUUGGCGAAACUACUCGCGACCAGGUUUGAAAGACUGUAUCUCUAAGGGCAGAAAUAGGUAUAGAGGCUUGUCGGCUUUUUUUUUGUGAACAGGGCCACGUGGACGAUGGCGUUGUCGUCUUGUUCCAUCAAAUGCGACAAAGCAAACCACGCAGAAAAUAUGUAUUUAUCAG